AUGCCUCCCAAUCCAAGUUUCAGUUGGCUGAAACUACAGAAUGUCUACUAUAAUAUAAGAACAUGCUACGAAGAUUUAAGUUGGUCCAUUGACAAUUUAUAUUCCAACUACAUUGUGUCUUUUUCUCCAAAUACUACAUUAAUAGCUAUUGCGUCCAAGAAUAUCCCACAUCCUAAUCUAAUUGAAAUAUACUCCAAUAGUGGAAACAAGAUAUGGUCUAUUGUGUAUAAUAGCAGUCAUGAUGAUUAUAUAGAAAGUUUCCAUUUUACCAGUGAUGAAGAUUUGAUUAUUUUAAUGAACAAUGGAAAAUACAGACACUACUAUGAUUUAAUGGGUAACUUCAACGAGCAUAAUUUCUUGGAGAAUUUGUCCAAGAUGGAUAACUUGAAUAACAAUAAUGACGAAAAUAGUCAGAUUGAUUCAGGAUUUAAUGGCACAAGAGUGAUUACAAACUUGGAGAACAACGAAACAGAAGAGAUUGUGGAAAUAUUUGAAGCUAAAACGUGGGACCAAUACUUGAUUGUUAGAUUAGACGGAAGAUUGAUAAUUACAGAUUUGAAUAAAGCUAUAAAUUAUGAAGUGCCUUUGAAGUAUUAUAAUUCUGGGGAUAUUAAAAGCUUCAGCGUUCAAACAAAUCCGAAUCUCGACAAGUUAGAAGAAGCACUAAUUUUGCAAAUGGGUUACAAAACAAGUAUACUUUCUAUAAACGUCGAUUUUGGGCUAAACAAUUUUGAAAUCAUUGACCAAGAGUUGACAGAUGGCCCCUUUGAUACUAUUUCAAUUUCCCCUAGUGGCCAAUUAAUCUCAUUGUUCAACAAGCAGUUGAAGAAGAUUUUCGUUAUAAAUAACCGAUUCGAUCAAGUCUUAUUAGAAUAUGAUACUUCAAAUGAAAGUAGUUCACCAUACCAAGUUGAAUGGUGUGGAAACGAUGCAAUUGUGUUGUCCAUCAAAGAUGAGAUCAAGAUUAUUGGUCCAGGGCAACAAUCUAUAUCAUUUUUCUACGAUAUUGAAGAUGACGAUGAUUUUGAUUUAGAUAAUUUAUUGAUAAAAGUCGAUAGCAAAGAGAAAGACUCAAAGAAAAAUGACGAUUUGCUUUUCACAAUUCCUAUUUUCCAAAGCUGUGUUGAUGGUUUGAAAAUUGUUACUACUAACAAAGUCCAGUUUUUGAGCAGAGUGCCAGAAACCAGUGUACAGAUGUAUCAAAUAGGGUCAAGUUCUCCAAGUAGCAUAUUACUGGAUUGUGUUGAUAAGUUUUCUAGUAACGCAUCAAAAGCUCAUGGGAAUAUGGCGUUAUUAAAAGCUGAUGAAACUUUGUUGACAGCUAUGAAUGAUUGUCUUGAGGUUGCAUUAGACGAGUUUGCGCCAGAGUGGCAACGACGAGCCUUACAAGCAGUAUCAUUUGGUAAGAUUUACUAUGAUGACUAUUUUGAUGCAGAUAAAUAUUUGCAAGUACUUACUGCGAUAAGAGUCUUGAACCAAAUUCGUUCCCCAGAACUUGGUCUAUUCCUAACAUACCGUCAAAUAGAGGAUAUGGGUGGUUGGGAUCAAGUCAUAAAGAUGCUUUUACGAAGAAGUCAACAUGAUUUGAGUUUGGAAUUCAUCGACAAACUAAAAUUGGAAAAUGUUAGGCCAUUGGUACAUAUUCAUUGGUGUUGUUAUAAAAUCCGUAAAGAAUUGGACAUGCUGGAUUUGGAAUUAUUUGAAAUUAUCAGUGAAAGAUUGACAUCACUAACCAAGAAUAGAGUUAACUAUAUAUCAAUGGACCAAAUUUCAGAUAUUGCUUAUGAAGAAGGAAGAAAUAUGUUGUGCAAGUUGUUGAUAGAACUAGAACCUUCUGCUACCAAGAAAGUGAACAAGUUGUUAGAAAUUGAUGAAGAGCUGUUGGCAUUAAUCAAAUCAUUUGAAUCUGGGAACUACAAUUUAUCUAUCUUGAUUUUAUUGUAUUUGCAAGAUAAAUUGUCAAUUUCUCAAUUUUUUAAGAUCUUGAAUCAAAAUGAGAAUGUAUGGAAAGAGGAAACAAUAACCAAAGAAACCUUGAACAAGCUAGAUAUAAAUUUGUCCAGAACAGAAAAUAUGGCAGUAACAGGGGAUGUAAUUGGACAUACAUGGCAAGAAUCUAUUGGUAAGCAAUCAACCCCUCAAUUAUUAGAAACUUAUCUUAAACAUGAGGAUAAAGUAAAUGAAUUGAACUUGAUUAAAUUGCAAAAUUUUAGACGCGAAAAUCAUUCAACCGGAGAGUCGUAUCAUGAUGCUUAUAAAUCAUUAUUGACCAAAAGCACAAAUCGAACUUUGAACAAGAGAACUUCCAAGGCUUUAAACAGAGAACUACAAAUCUUGGAAUUACAAAAGAAACUCAGUGAAACUUAUUUAGCAGAUUUUUAUCAAGAAAAGUCAUUACUUGAUAUUCUUGCUCGAUUGAUUACAAUGAAUCAGAUAAAACAGGCCAAAAAAAUUGUUUCAAAUUUUCAAGUGGCCCAGGAAAAGUUCUGGUAUCUUGUAUUGAAUAUAUUAAUGAAAAGGAAAGAAUUUGACCAAGUGUAUGAAUUUGCAUUUGGAUCUAAUGAUGCAACUGUUGGGAAAUCACCUAUUGGAUUUGAACCAUUUGUUGAAUUGGGACUUCAAACACAUGCACCACCAAGUCAUAUUAGCACUUAUAUUAAGAAUUGUGUCAAGUACAAAUAUGACGAAAAGGUUAGGAUGUAUGUUAAAAAUCAAGACUACGAAGCUGCUGCAUCUGAAGCGUUCAAAAACAAAGAUAUCGACAUUUUAAAGAAUUUACAACUGGGAAUUCCAAAUUCUAAUACACUGGCAACCAGAGUAAUAAAUAGUUAUAUACAAAAACUUGGCUACUAG